AUGCUGCGAGUGGAGUCACUCUACACCAACGAUCACCACCCGCGCCACAAUGCCCUCUCCCUCCCGCCUGAUAUGCUGGCACGUCGCACAGUGGAAACACUAGACAUUGCAGAGGGAGGCAGGGAGGAGGGGAAGACGGGGAGGGAGGGGGGAGGAGGAGGAGGAAGAGAUGGGCCGAGAGCUGAUGGCCUGUGUGUGGAUGGUGCUAUUCCCGGUGGCUGUAGCAGCAGCGGGAGCAGCGGCAGCAGUGGUACUGGCAGUGGCGGCUCCGGUGGUGGCGGCAGUGGUGUGUCGAACCAUCCAUCCACGUUUGUUUCAGCCAAGACUGGCAGAGGGCCUUUCAAGUCGGGGUGGCAGGUGGGUGGGACAUGCAUACAAGGUGGUCACAGUGGACGUGCCUUCCUCGCUUUGAGCCAACUCAACCCCCUGCCCCCCGGCGCUCCCUCCCCCACCUCCUUGCAGGCGCACACCUCGCCCCUGAUGACAGCAUACAAGGUGGUCACAGUGGACGUUCCAUACUGGGGCUUUGGCUCUCGCCUUGAGAAGUACCUAGCCAAGGUCCGUUGA